AUGAAAACACCUGACCACCUAGAAGACAAAAACAGCUGCAUUGUUUCAGACACAGUGCACGUCCCCUGCAAACAGGCACCACUGAGGACAGAGGAGAAAAUGAAAUAUUCAGGGUCCAUAGUCCCGCUUCCCACACACCCUGUGCCAACAGGAGGCCGUGGUGCUCUCCCAGAGAAACCUGCACAACAGGCCUGGACAUCAGCACUCGCUCUGGGCAGAGCUGCUUGCUGCAUCCCGCUGAACUCCACACGUGGAGAAGUCCCCGUUCUAGAUCUGCGGGGGCCUGCUCAGCUGCAGGGCUGCACACAAAACAACACUUCCAUAUUAUACCCCGAAUUAAACUUGCAAGAAGGUAAAGACCAAUCAAGAACGAGUCCUGUAGGAAAACAAACGCUGGGAUUGGCUGAGACGCGGCCUCGGUUUCAAGGCACCCCGAGCUCAGUCGGAGGAGGGGGGCGUCUCGUGAAUGGAAUGGGCGCCUGGAAACCGGUGGAAUCUGCACGGAGUGAGCAGAGCGAGCCUCUGGACUUCCAACCGCCCAGCAUGUGA